AUGAAGGAAAAGAGGGAAACCGUAAGGGCAGAUGCUGUGGAACCAGACCUCCCUCCGAAGAGCGCCAACCAUGUGGAAGAAGCCGUCCUCGCCAGCCUCGCUGAGGAGGAUCUGUUCAAGCUGUCCCGAGAGUCGCUGACUAUGCGCUCUUGGGCCGGUGUUCGCCUAUGCCUGGUCCUGUUCGUCCAGGGCUGCAACCAAGCAGGGUAUGGUGUCGACUGGGCAGUCAUCGGUGGCAUCAAUGCGUACCAAUCCUGGCAUGACUACUUCGGCAUCGGUACAGCAGGUGGCGAAUACGGAUUGCUUAACGCUCUCAUGAAUAUCGGAAACGUCUGCGGUGCCCCGUUUUACGCUCUUGCCGAUAUCAUCGGCCGUCGCGCUGUCAACUUUCUCGGCAAUCUACUCGUCCUUGUCGCAUGCAUUCUUCAGUCUACUGCACCGAAUAUGAAAUGGUUUAUGGCAGGGAGAUUCUUCAUGGGUUUUGGUACUGCCCUGAUGUCAAGCUCGCAGUACAUGGGUGAGAUUUCUCCAACCCAUCUGCGCGGUCUUUUGGUUGGUAUCUUCGGCGCUUGCUUCCAGAUUGGCAGUCUGUGCAUGAGUGCUGCUCUGAUUGGAAUCAAUAAGAUGGACGGCAAUUUGCAAUGGCGUCUACCUUUGUACCUCAACAUGAUAUUUCCCGCACUCGUCUGCUUGGGAAUGUUCACCCUUUGCCCCGAGUCUCCGCGUUACUACAUCAUGCGAGGACAGCGUGAUAAAGCCCGGCACGUCAUUGCCAGGUAUCACACGACGAGCGGCGAUGUCAACCAGCCCAUCGUCAAUAUUGUCAUCUCUCAGAUGGAAGCCUCCAUUGAGAACGACCGUGCCGGCCACCAGAAGUUCUGGGACUUCUCCGUUUUCCUUCGGCGCACCGUGCUCUAUCGCCUUAUGGUCCUUUUCCUCUACUCCAUAUUCCAGCAGUGGAACGGCGGCGGCAUCAUUACCUACUACAUGGUGCCAGCUUUGAACACAAUUGGCAUCACAGACUCGAUCAAAAUUCUAGGGAUUCAACUCGGCACAACCGGCGUAUAUUUUGUCUUCACAGCAGUUGGAGCCAUGAUUAUCGACAAAUUUCGCCGACGAACAAUGAUAUUCGCCGGGCUAGCGACGAUGAUUCUCUUCCAGACAACAACAACUAUCACGUCCUGGCAGUACGCUGUUAAUGCCACGAAAGCUGCCGCCGGACUGACGAUAUUCUGGAUCUACAUGUACCAAACUUUCUCGGCCCUCUUCGUCGCCACAAUGCACAACCUCUACCCCAUCGAAAUCCUCUCUUUACCCCUUCGUGCAAAGGGUAUGAGCUUGUAUUCUUUAAUACAAGGAGGUGCAGGAGCUUGUCAGACAUAUGGCAUCAGCGUUGGUAUCGAUAAGCUUGGAUACAAGAUCUGGGUUGUCUAUAUUGUUUAUAAUACGGUGCAACUGGUGUUGUCUUACUUUGUGUUCCCAGAGACGAGCGGUUUGACGCUGGAGGAAAUCGAUGCGGUCUUUGAGACACCGGGCGUUCGGCCGGUCAAGAUGUCGCUGGAUAUCUAUAAUGCAAAAAGGCAGGUGCAGAGGGAGGGGGAACCUUGA